CCGUGCCCGUGCACACGCCCGGCGAAGUCUCCUGGUUUUUCCCGUGGCUUUCCCAGUGACAGCUGCGGGGCUCCUCGGAGACAGGCAGGGAAGCAAAGUUUGUCAGGAGCCUCGGGGGUGACUUUGCCUCGGGGACCCGCAUUUGUGCGUGUGCGUGGUGCCUCGGGGUGCGCGGUGCUAGUUUCCCAGUUUCCCUGGGCAGGGGGUGCGGGACUCGGAGCCCCUCCCCCCACCGAACCCCUCCAUGGGUUUGUCUAGGGAAAGUGAUGACCUAAACUAGUAGUGGGGCAUAGCAGGCGCAUGUUCCCCGCCCCUGGGGAAGGAGGGGAGCCCCGGAGGGCUUGUCAGUGCAAUCUGGUCGCAGACUGCCCGGCUCCGCACCCCCUAAAGCCCGAAAGGCAGGCUCUGGGGGCAGGGCGCGGGGUGGGGGGACAGGGCUGGGGAGCUGCUUGAAUGCUGCCCUGUGACCGCUGAGAUGAGGGAACAGCCCUUAUUUGCCUGGCUCUGAUCCUCCAUGCUGUCGUGGUUGUGGAAUGCAAAAGCUAGGACAUGAUGGAAACAGGACUUGACGAUCCUUCCAGAAUGCCGGAGGAAAGUUCUCCCAGGCGGACCCCGCAGAGCGUUCCAUACCAGGACCUGCCUCACCUGGUCAACGCCGACGGGCAGUACCUUUUCUGCAGAUACUGGAAACCCAUGGGCACACCCAAGGCCCUCAUCUUUGUGUCGCAUGGAGCUGGGGAGCACUGUGGCCGCUAUGACGAGCUGGCUCAGAUGCUGAUGGGGCUGGGGCUACUGGUGUUCGCCCACGACCAUGUUGGCCACGGACAGAGCGAAGGGGAGAGGAUGGUAGUGUCCGACUUCCACGUUUUCGUCAGGGAUGUGUUACAGCACGUGGAUAUCAUGCAGAAAGACUACCCAGGGCUUCCUGUCUUCCUUCUGGGCCACUCCAUGGGAGGUGCCAUCGUCAUUCUCACGGCCGCGGAGAGGCCAAGCCACUUCUCCGGUAUGGUCCUCAUUUCACCCUUGGUUCUGGCCAAUCCUGAGUCUGCGACGACUCUCAAGGAUUAUCCGAAGAGCCUGAGCGAACCGGCAAUGAGAAGUUUAUUCUGUUUGAUUCCAGCUUCCUUAUGGGUCUUCGCUGCGAAAGUUCUCAACCUUGUCCUGCCAAACCUGUCCCUGGGCCCAAUUGACUCCAGAGUGCUCUCUCGGAAUAAGACGGAGGUGGAGCUUUACAAUACGGACCCACUCAUCUGCCGGGCAGGUCUGAAGGUGUGCUUCGGCAUCCAGCUGCUCAACGCCAUCUCGCGGGUGGAGCGGGCCCUCCCCAAGCUGACCUUGCCCUUCCUGCUGCUCCAGGGCUCUGCCGACCGCCUUUGUGACAGCAAAGGGGCCUACCUGCUCAUGGAAUCCGCCAAGAGCCAGGACAAGACGCUCAAGAUAUACGAAGGUGCCUACCACAUUCUCCACAAAGAGCUUCCUGAAGUAACCAACUCCGUCUUCCGUGAAAUAAACAUGUGGGUCUCCCAAAGAACAGGGGUGGCGGGAACGGGGUCCCCACCCUGAGUGCACCAGCUACGUGGCCCACGCACGGUCGGGGAUGUGGGCAGAGGAUGGGCAGAAGCUGGCUUCUCACGCGUGGCUUGCCGGGGGAGGGGGGAGGAAAUCACAACCUGGAGGAAUCCCUAGCAGCAACAAAUCCCUAGAUUUUGUUGAUUUUGUUGUAUACCAGGCUGCCUGCUACUGGGUCUACCUUAAGGUGUAGAUACAUUGUGAAAAAAUGGAGAAGGGUCACAGGGAGGAGAUGUGCUCCGAUGUCCUUAAAACCAAGUGCGGCCUCUGCCCUGCCUCUUCCCCCGCCCCUCCCACAACAAGGUUCCCAGGAACUCCUGGUGUUCCUCGAACACCUGACUGCAAUAAUUAGAGGAGUCUCCCCACCCCACCCCCUCCCUCCAGCCCCCACCCCAGGACACUCCCCAACUGGCCCCGCUCUGUGGCCUUUCUCUGGCUGUGGGAUGAGGUGGCGGGGGCAGCUCCCCCGGGGCAGACUCACAUGCACUCCGAGGCCCAGAAAAUGCCCGGGACUUCCUUGGCACGAGGAGCCACCCAUGCCACCCAUGUCAGCUCCUUGUCAGCCUGGAGCUAGGCUUUGGGACAGGAUGAGGUUUGGCCCACACAAAGAGGACUGGGCAGGAACCCCUCCUUGUUGCCUGGGGAACCCCAGGCUGCCCACAGAGUGCUUUACACAUUCAGAGGCUGCUCUUCCCUGUGGGACCCGCUGGACCUGACACUAUGAGAGGGGAAUGGUAUUGAAGAGGAAACAUUUAAUAUAUAAUGUAUAUUCUAAAGCAGGGAUUAUUUGGGUGGGUGGGUGGGACCAAGUGUGGGAGCCUGAUGCCCCUGCACAGAAUGGGACAAACUGGCCGCAGGGCCCUAGGUCGAGGUGUGACCCCUGGAAGCAGGGCUCCCCCCUCCAGCCCCAGCAGUGGGCGGUGCCAGGCGUGUCCCUGGUCCUGGCCUGCCCGCAGCCACCCUGGGAGCCUCGGUGCUGGCAGCACAGCUCCCUCUGGUGGCAGAAGAGGAGAGUCCAGACUCCAUGGCCCUGCCCAGGGCUGCAGCACCGCCCCCCCACUCGCAACCCCCUUUCCCGGAGGCCAGGACAGGAGGGGCCAGCGAGGGCUGGCAUGGGCCCACCUUUCCCAGCAGAGGGCCCCGCGGCGCCUGACCUGCCUUUCUCAGGUGCCAAACCCCACCUGCCCACCCUGGGCCCUCCCUUAGCGCCAGCAAUAAAUGGGGAUCACCGGCCACUGCGGGGGGACUUUCACUUUCAAAUGGGACUGUUGUUACCUCCUGAAGCUCCUUAGUGCACAUAUGACCCUGGGUGGGGGUGGACCCGCGAGGGGACGCCUGCUCGGCCCGCAGGGUGCAGUCAAGGGACCUCAAGGCCCUGGAUGAGGCGGCUGCUACAGGGCCAGGCCCUCUGAAUUUGGGGACUGGGAGUUGGGUCUCCCACCUCUUCCUACAGCGGUGGGAACUGUUGCCCUUCACCCACACCCUGUUCUGGGGCUUGUUCCGGGUCCCCAGAGAGGAGGGUCCCCCUGCUCUCCUUCCAGGGACCCUGACCAUGGCGUAGCCAAGCGCUGGUCACCCUCCAGAGGUCAGACCCCGGGCCCCAAUGGAAAGUCAUGCUGGCGUGGGGGCUGAGGUCUGUGUUCUCCUGCCCUUCUGGGCGGUGGGGGUGGGGGGCUAGGGGGCAGGGAGAGGGCAGGGCCCAUGGCCCCACAGAAAGAGGCUUUCUGUGACCCAUCUCCCUUCUCUGGCUUCUCUUUCGGAGGAGAAAAAUGUAAAAUAUGCACUGAGAGAGAAGGUCAGCCCCUGCCUGUUCAAAUUGGCCCACUGUAUGAAUGUUUCUGCUCCUCGGCUGAGGAAAAACAGAAAUGCCACCCACAAACCCCCCAAACCUCGGGCACCCCUAAGCCCAGAUCAGGAAUUCUCGCCAAGAGCGGGGAUAACGCAAGUCACAUGAAGCCGCCUCACCUCUCACCCCUGCCGCCUCUCCCAGAGCAUGUGCCGGCUCCGCCAUUUCCCAAAUUAAAUAUCAGGCCCAUGGUUUGACCUGGAGUGAUUUGGACGCACGGAUUUAUUCAUAUGAAAGCUCUGACAGAGGCAUAUUCAGUCACAUUUACAUAUCUGGUUAAAGGUUAAAAAAUUGCCUAUAUUAAAAAGAAAAAAAAAAUUAUUUGGAAGCAGGACUGUCUCCUAAAACAGGAGGGGACAAGGACAUGGCUACACCCGCUGCUGAAUGGGAGCAGGUGUGGGAGGCAGACACCAGCUGUGUCUGUUGUCCCACUGGGGCCGCACCAGGGCUAUGGGCCCGCCUGUCCUGGGGGAGCUGUGCAAGGCUCGAGUUCAUUCUCAGUGGUGACGGCUCCAUGCCGACAUUGGGAGCUUCAGAGUCAUCCCUUCACCAUGACGAGGAGCUGAGUUUGGAAGGGAAGUGAGGUCAUUCUUGGCCCGGCCUCAAGAAGGAGAGAAGGACCCUGGAGACGCGCACCUCUGGGACCCGAGGUCCAAGCACUGACGUGGAGGCGGCACCUUCCUCUGGAAAUUGGAGGUCACCCCGGUUUAUACAGAAACCAUGGGGUUCAGGCCUGGUAGUCCUUCUAGGAAAAGAUGCCCCUUGCAACAGGAAUGGGGGGGCGGUGGUUGCUCCUUUGCUAGGAUGGGGGUGGAUGGUCACAGGUACCCCCUCCCAGCUUCCAGGGGGCACCAAAGGAUGCCUGGGAAACCCGCCUGCUCUGUUCUGCACUGUGGCAAGGUCCCAUGCUACCUUUUCUCUCUUUCACCAAUCACUAACAUAAACCCACUGGGGUCACCGUGAUCAUCUAAGCAGUUUGCCACUUACUGUCCCUGCAGCUCAGCCACAAUCCUCUGUGCGUACCCUUACUGGGACUCGCGAUCCGUUCAGAACUAUCAAAGGAACCAUGUAUGUCACAGCUAAUCCUAAUAAACCGGGUGUUUUCUGCA